UACCUUGCCAAGGAAGGAGCUCAAAUCGAGUUAAAUGGAUUCGCCGAUCGCCUACGCCGUCGACGACAAGGACCUAGACGAUGCCGCAUUAUGGGCUGUGAUUGACUCCGCUGCCGCUGCCUCUCUCUCCGCCUCCUCCACCUCCACUUCCACUCCAAAACAACGCACCAAACCCCUGACACCCAUUCCGUUCCCCCUUCCCUCCCCCCAACCAAAGUUACCAAACCAAGUUCGCAACCACCUCCAUAAUUACAACUACAACCCCGACGGCGAGGUUGUACAGAAUCAACGCCCUCAAAAAAUUUCCAGAACUACUAACAUGCUGACCGUUUCUGAGUCUAGUCCACCGCAACUGAUGGUGGUGAAGCACGUGCACCGCACUCCGACCACUCCCCAGCCGUAUAGUACUGAUUCUCCGGAGACGAAAAAUUUUGCUGUGACGAACUGUGACAGUCCAAUUGCCUCGGCGGUGAGUUAUGAGAAGACAGAGAUGAGACAUAGUUUGGCCGGCCAGUUUCCGACAGUUUCUCUGUUCAAGGAGUUCCAAAAUGCUGCUAUGGCGAUAUUGGAGAAAAGUGACUACACUAUGAUAUCUGGGAAUCGUUAUAUUAAGAAGUCAGGUUGGAGGAAGAUAUCAUUUUACUUCAAUCUGUCUUAUGAAAUUAAAGACAAGACCAUUGAAUUCGAUGAGAACCGCAAUGUUGCACGAGCAGAGUUUGUUGUCCGUGCAUACAUGCAGGGUGGAAGGUUUUCAGAUGGAUGGGGUUCAUGCGAACGGAGGGAGAAGAGAUUUCUGAAACCCAAUCAUGAUAUUCCCAGCACAGCAGAAACGAGAGCGAAAAAUAGAGCAUGCCAGGACUUGCUUGGAAUUGGAGAGUAUCAGCCUGGUGCGAGACAUGCUCAGGGAUAAAAUAUGGUUCGAAUUAUAGAGUUGUGGCAAAUGCACAAAUAAACUUACAUAAGGUACACCUUUGAACCAAGUAUACAAAUCCAAUUUUCUACUGUGAUAGGGGGCGCGCGAUUCAUAUAUAACUAAGUCUUGGCAACACAAAUCCUAGUGUCCACCAACUGCCAGAUGCUUCGGUAGAUUUUUCAAUCAAGGGAUCUCGAUAACAGCACAGCGACAUCAUAUCUACCAAAGAAAAUUUCCGUGGUUUGAACUUUUCAGCAGACUUGCUUAAAGUAUUAGAUCUCACAUCAUCUGAAGAUCAUACAAUUGCACUCAAUGUAUCAAAUGCAUUCUACUAUGAGGAAAAGUGAAAACAGCCCUUCGCUCCUUUUAAUCAUUGGCCGAGCAAAUAACAAAAAUAGGGUGGACGACAACUAAUUUUGUUGUUUAUCCUAUUUUAAAUUAUAAUUGAUAUCAUAAUGCUACUUGGAUUCAGGUAAGAUUACUGAAUCCUGUUUGCGAAGAUUAUGAGCACUCUAAAACAGGUUGAAUUUUGGUUCGUCGUCGGAGGUACUUUCCUGGACAUGGUAAUUGAUGUCUUUAUAUCCAUCUCUCUCCAAAAAAUUUUGAAUUCUAAACUUUGUUCUGGUUGUAUGCUUUUGUCAAUUCUGCACUUGCCAUAUCUUAAGAGAACAUUUAACUAUAAAUUGGCAUAUUCUGGGAGAAAAGAAGUGAUGGGAAGGUUAGAAUUUCAGUUUGGUUACUGAACAUAUUUUGUACAGUUUCUUGAUUUCUUUAGUAUUAGGUGGCCAGAGAAGAAGUGUAAUGACCUUUUUGGUUUGUGACUGGUGCUGUGUCCAAUGAUUUGUGUGAACCUCGAAAA